AUGAAGUUCUACUUCGGUCAUACGCUGUUUUCUUCCCCCCAUUCAUGGCGGCUCGUACACGCUGUUCUGUCUUCUUUAUCUCUCCUUGCUCUGCUCGUGGCGCUGAAAAGCCUGGACGGAGGGACGAAGAAAGCAGAAGUCCCUUUUCACGAAGCUGAGAUUCGCGCUUCUUCGGUUUUUUCACAUGAGGCAGAAAGACCGGGCCUUCUUACGCUCCCUGCGCUGCCCUCAGCUUCCCUGCAUCUCCUUCAUCGGCGUGGCCUGAGGUCGCCAAGUGUACGUACACCGCAGAUCGCCGCGCGAGGGUCCCCGGAGAAUGUCACCGUGCUGCCAUUUCUUCUCUACGCACACGCUUCGCCGCCUAGCGCCCCGCUUUCCGGCGCGGACGUUCCUCGCUUGCAGACGGAUGAACAAGUGAAAGCAGCUUCCGCUUCUCAGGGUGACAGCUCCCGAGGGAGGAGAGAUGGCGGAGAAAGCAGAAAGAAAGAGGAGGCCGCGCCGGCGAGAGGAGGCGCAGCGGAGGAAGGCAAUGAGGCCGAGAACGAAGAAAGGCUCACGCCCGAUGAAGUUCUGGGGGUGCCAUUCUGGUCCGUUCCGCGGACACGUCCCGUUGAAGAGGCGGCAGCGUUGUUGCACCCGUCUCUCGUGCCUCUCUCACGUCUUUUCCUUUUCCGCUCUGAACAGCCUUCCUUGGAAGACGCAAACGCCGCUGAUUUUCACUCUUCUCCGUCUGCUUCUGCCUCCACUGCCGCCUCCCCCCGUCGCAGGCCCGCUCCAAAAUUCUUCUCGACUUCGCUCUCGUCGUACCUCGAGGCGCUCUUUGCUUCUCUGGUGCGGGUUGUGCCGGAUGUGCAGCUGUACAACCUCCCGCUGCGCCCAGACUUUUGCGUUUUCCUUCCGCUGCCGGCGGAUUUUCUCGUUGCUCACACGCGCUACGGCUUCAAGGAGUCGCACCUCGGGGCUGCGCCCGUCCACGAUCUCACACUGCAGCUUCACGGGAAGAGGGAGAUCUGCGCGGCUGCCGCGGCAGCCUUUCGCCUUCACGUAAAUCGACGCGCGAGAGAUGCAGAGGCACGAGUCGCAGGCCGGCAAACGGAGGGAGAAAACGCGCGCCCGCACGCAGUCAGGGAUCGCGGCCCAAACCAACGCGAAGGGAGGGAGCAGGAGAAGCCGGGGCAGGAUGGGGGGGACGCACGGAGCGUUUCGGAGGAAAGGAAGGCCGAGCUCGUCUCGUGGCUCGGUGCGGACUGCGAGUCUCUUUUCGAGGCUGAAGAGCGGCUUUCUUGUUUCCCACUGGGAACAGAAGGCGAGCUGCCCGCGUCUCUGGACUAUGUAGAUACAGACGGAAUCGCCCGCUUCACCUGGAAGGCCUUGUUUUCGCGGUUUGCUGCGACUCUUUCCUCGCGGGGCCUCUACAGUGCUGCGCUCGAUGUCAUCUUGCCGUGGACGUAUACUACAGAUAGCCAAGGGCGGCUCCACAGCGCCAGCUGCGCGAACGGCGGUCCUUUGAUUCCGUUUCGCUUUGCGCCGGAUUCGCGCGAGAGUUCGGUUCUCCAGAGUGCUGGAAAAGUCUCAGAUUCGCCGAAAACCGCAAAGGAAAGGACCGCUUUUGACGGCUUUUUGGUCGAGGUGUGUAGCGCCAGACGAGGACGGUCGUUUGACCCGGUGUACGUACAGCUGCAUUUUCUGUUCAACCUGGUUUUCCUCACGUAUCCCUACGGAGUCGCACCGGUUGUCUUUACUGUUGUUGAAUCCGUGCUCCUGGCUGUUGUGCUCACGGCUGUGGCGCUCUGGUGGCUCUACGGGAGAAGGAGAUCGUCCGCAUAUUUCUCUGUUGCCGCAAAGGACAAGUCUGUCUAG